GGGACAAGGGACAUUUCCAACUGUCGAUCACCUUUAGCGGCUAUCCUUCGGCUUCAACAUGGCUUCGUUUGUUGUGAAACCUGCUCGCCUCUGUUGUGUUGUUAGAACAGGCGGGUUUAAGAGCCUAUUCAGCGCGUAUCGGACGGGAAACGCACUGAAUUCAAGCAGAAGUUACGCCACUGAAGGAGACAAAGGGCCGCCUAAGAUAUACACCAAAACUGGAGACAAAGGUUUCUCCAGCACAUUUACAGGAGAAAGGAGGCCAAAAGAGGAUCACAUUUUUGAAGCCUUGGGAAAUACAGAUGAGCUGUCAUCAGCUAUAGGCUUGGCCAGAGAAUUCUGCCUCGACAAAGGUCACACAUUCACAUAUCAGCUGGACAAGAUACAGUGCAUUUUGCAAGAUGUUGGCUCUAAUAUUGCCACUCCCCGGUCGUCUGCAAGAGAGAGUCACAUAAAGAAAACUACAUUUACUGCACAGCCAAUUGCAGACCUAGAAAACUGGAUUGAUACAUUGACAGAAGAGCUUCCUCCACUGACCAACUUCAUUUUACCAUCAGGAGGAAAGGGCAGCGCCGCUUUGCAUCUGGCUCGGACAGUGUGUCGUAGGGCAGAACGCAGUGUUGCUCCAAUUGUGCGGUCAGGCGAAGCCGAUCCAGAUGUUGCAAAGUUUUUGAACAGAUUAAGCGACUACUUGUUCACUGCGGCCAGAUACGCAGCAAAGAAAGAAGGCAACGAGGCAAAAAUCUACAAGAGACCCGAAUGACCACAUUCUACACAACACUUUUUUUUUGGGAACACUUUUAUUGUAAAUAAUUCAAUAAAUAUGAAUGCGUUCUAAAAUUGUU